AUGGCGCGCGCGCGACGCGGCGACGACGGCGAGCCGCGCGUCGGCGCGCUCGUGUUCGCGACGGUCGGGAGCGCGCGCGUCGGCGCGGACGACGAUGAGAUCGCGCGCGCGGGACACGCGAACGCGCUGGCGGUGAGCGGAAAGUACGGAUACCUGGUGCACGCGCGCGGAACGACGGCGCGCGUGCUCAGGACGAGCGAGGUGGCGCGCGAGGUUGAGGGUUGGCGCGCGAGAGAGGCGCCGGCGAGCGAACGGCGACUCGAUGGUGAUUGCGUCGACGCGUGCGCGCGAUCGGACGGUGGAGACGUGAUUGAAAUCGUCAGCAUGACGCCGGAUGAACGCGCGUUCGCGACGUGCGAUCGGCGCGGGCGCGUGGAGUUUUACGCGGCGAAGGAUUCGAGCGACGGUAAGGCGAGAGGGGAAAAGUUUGGAGAGAUGACGCUCGAGGCGCCGGUGCGGGCGGUGAAGUGGUGCGCGAAUAGCGCGUCGUUUAUCGCUUUGACGGGAGAUGCGUUGAUGUACGUUGAGGCGGUGGGGAAGGAGCCGAAGGAGAUUGCGACGAACGUGACGUGCGUGAGCGCGCGAGCGAACGGGACGCUGGCGUGGGCGAGCGGUAACGUUAUUUCAAUCGCGUCGAGCGUUGAUCCCGCGCAAACGGUGAAGGAAACGAUCGAAAUCAGUCCAUUUCACGAUCCCGAGGAUUCGGUGGAAAUUGACGGGGUGUACGUGCACAGCGCUGACAAGAUUUUGUUCACCUCGAGAAGCGUCGAAGAUCCCGCCGACUGCUCCUUGGCCGUGCUCAAGAAGGUCGAUGGGAACUGGGUGUGCACGCGCCUCGAAUCCGCAUUCGACAUCGAUUCCGAAGUUGUUGAUUUGACUGGUCCAGUACUUGAUGCGAGCGCGUUCAGUCCGUGGAAUGUGGUGUUCGCGACGCAUCGAAAAGCUUGGGACAACCAGCUGUUGACUCUUCAAAUAACGCGCGACGCGGAUCCUUGCGUGCUCGAAGUCGAAGACGACAGAUGCAGCGCUUCGGUGCCGAUGACUGAGGACGACGAAAACAACUACGUCACGGGCUUAGGAUUAGACUUGACUGGCGCGGGUGGAACCAUGCUCAACCCGCAGGAUAAAAGCGCGCCCGAGUUGGCGAAAGGACCAGCGAUUGUUUUCAGCACCACAGAUGGAAGAAUUACGAUUCUGAAAUGUGCGAACUUGGACACCGAGGAAGCGCGAAUCGGAGCGCAGUCGAUACAGACGCAGCUGACGCUACCGACGGAUUCGCCGCCGGCGAUGAUUCAAGCAGGGUCGUCUCCAACGCUCACACCUGCAAAGCCUUCUUUCGGCUUCGGUUCGGCGCCACCGGCGACUCCAACGUUGGCUUUCACGGCCAGUUCGCCUGCCGCUACGGCGGCGAGCACGCCGGCGUUUAGCUUUAAGCCCACUGAAACGUCCGCGACACCGGUGGCUUCGACACCAACCUUUAGUUUCAAGCCGCCGGAAGCGACUGCAACGCCUCCUCCAGCGUCCACACCUGCGUUCAGCUUUAAGCCCGCCGAGGCGGCAUCGACGCCGGCGUUCAGCUUUAAGCCCGCUGAGGCGGCAUCGACGCCGGCGUUCAGCUUUAAGCCCGCUGAGGCGGCAUCGACGCCGGCGUUCAGCUUUAAGCCCGCUGAGGCGGCAUCGACGCCACCCCCAGCUUCGACGUCGGCGUUCAGCUUUAAGCCGCCAGAACCAGCGAAGACGCCACUUGCGUCGUCAACGCCAGCGUUCAGCUUCAAGUCGCCCGAACCUUUGGCUUUUCCGACCGCGUCUCCUGCGUCCGCGCCGGCGUUCAGCUUUAAGUCGCCCGAGCCAGCCAAACCACCGGUGUCUCCGACGCCAGUGGUGUCUCAGCCGACGUCUUCUCCCAAGCCUAUCGAAACGGUAAAACCAAUCGAGAGCGUGAGUUUACAGUCUGUCGCUCCGACGCCACCGCGAACGACACCACCGCCGAAACCGGCGACGCAGUCCGCGGCCGCACCGCAAUCGCCAGUCGAGAAAGGCAUGGAACUUCUCAAGCGGUUGAGCAUCGGGGAAAUCGACGUAGACACGGCACAGCUCGAGCUUAAAGGAUUGAUUUUGGAUAGCACACCGACAAAGAGCACAAAAAAAGACUGGAGCGUAUCUAUGGCUAAGUUUACGCCGAUCGAUACCACGCGUUCACCUGGCGUAAACUUGCAAAGCUCUCCGCUUCCUUCCUGGGGCAAGAAAUUAGAAGACAUUAGGCGAUCGAAGGAGCAAGCGAGCUCGGAGGCGGACGGCCUUAAGGCGAUAGAAGACGAUAUGGCUUCUGUGAUCGCCGAAGUAGGUGCCAUGCUUGAGGAUGUCACGAGCGUGACAAAAUCUUUAAGCGGCGAAAUCAGUGAUGGUUUGAUGCCAGGAAAAGCAGACAUUGCCAAGAUUGAACAGUCGUCGGCGUCUGCGAAGACGACCAUCGAAUCGUUGUUGGACGGGAGCAAUCAGUUGCGCAGUCGACUCAAUGAGUUGUGGGCCGCAAACGCUUCGGACGAAACAUUGCGAAGCGAGCUAGAGAGCUUGAUUUCGGCGGCGUGUGAAGAAAUCGAUGAGAACUCAAACGUCGACGAUACGCGGGAACUCAGUCCUGCAUUGAAGGAUGUCCAGGACAACAUGCACAAAGACAUGCGUACGGUGCUAGAGAUGGCGGCGGAUCUCGAGGCCUCAGUUGAAAGACUAGAAGCCGCCAAGAGAGAAGCCAAUCGCCCUAAGCCGAAAACAAUUAUUCGUAGUGGAUUGAUAGCAUCAAAGGUAGACACCUCCGCGAGUUUCACCGCGCAGAUGAACGGCAUUGUGAAAGCCAUUAACACGCAAGCCGCGGUGAUUGAGGCGCAAGCUGAAAAGUUGGAUACACUUCUGGCGCGCGUUCAAGAAGAGGACGCGCCGCGCGUAUCGAAGAUUAAGAGCACAUUACCAAAGGAAAACACGCCGCCGAUACCGGCGAAACCGCUGAACGUAACCGCGAAGAAAGCUGUUGAGCCCGAGCGCUCAGCGGAACCCUUGAUGCUCAAAACUCCCGUGAGUAAGAUAGUGGUUGCGGAUGAGGGUUUGGGGGACGACUUGGAAACUGUCAUCAUGUCGAGAAUCGCGUCGACAAGAAUCACGACGGUGAAGAAAACGACUCCACCUAAACCGAAGCAAAUUUCGCCGAUCAAACCUGCUGCGAUUGAAAAGAAACCAGCACCCCUAGCGGCGUCGCAACCGGAGUUAGCAAAACCGUCGGCACCGGCGAUGAGCUUUGGCGCCGAUUUCUUGGCCAAAUCUCAACAAGAUUACGCCGCGGCUCAAAAGGCGUUGGAUGAAGAUUUGAAGAAAGCAACGACACCGACGGAGUCGAAACCGGCAUUCAGUUUCGCCGCAACGCCCGCAACGAAGCCAGCCGAGACCGAGUCAAAGCCGGCGUUCACGUUCGCUCCGCCGGCGGCGAAACCGUCACCGUCUACCGAGUCUAAAUCUGCAUUCACGUUUGCUCCUCCAUCAGCAAGCUCGAGCGCAACGGAAUCGAAGUCGGCGAGUGCGGCAGCGCCGACGAUGAGUUUCAGCGCUGACUUUCUCGCCAAGGCGAACAGUGGGUAUCAGAAAGCCCAAACUGCGCUUGAAGAAGAGCUCAAGGGUGAAAAAGUGGAGGAGAAGAAGUCAGAGGCAAAGUUUAGUUUCGGUAUCCCUGCGAGCGCACCCACGUCGACUUCGACGUCUGCAGCGACACCGGUAAGCGGUGGAUUUGGUUCGAGUGCUCCCGCGUCGAAGCCCGCUGGUGGAUUUUCUUUCGGUACACCGGCGAAGGCCACGGCAGAUUCAAAGUCUGAACUCGCGAGUGCGCCCGCGUUUAGCUUUGGUGCGAAGCCAGCCGAAAUAAAACCGGCCGGCGACGUUAAAUCAAAGGAAGUACCAGAAGAAGAAUCAAAGAAGGAAGAAUCAAAGGAGGCAACUACGCCCGUUGCGGCGCCACCCAUGAGUUUCAGUGCGGACUUUUUGGCCAAGGCAAACAAAGGGUAUGCUGCGGCGCAAGCGGCGCUAGAGGACGACCUUGCAAAGGCGACACCCCCGCCUGGUACGCCGCCAGCGAGCGCGGCGAGUGCGUCGCCAGAGAAGCCGCUUAGCUUUACUGCCGCGACGCCGUCGCCAGCACCCAAAUUCGGAAUUACCGCAGCGUCGAGCUCGGCGAGCUUAGCCACGGAAGUCGCGCCUUCGAAACCUACAUUUGGGUCGUCUGCGAGUUCAGCCGCGACUACAACGACUGGUAUAUCAUCUGGCUUUGGGAGUUUCGGUUUCGGCAGUUCUACGAAUUCUGCUUCAAGUGGCGGAGCAGGCGCGUUUGGGUCUACCAGUCCAGCCGCAGCCGCGGCGUCCGCACCAGUGUUCGGUGCUUCGACCUCUACAAGCUCGCAAAGUGCGCCCGCAUUCGGUGCUUCCAGUGCAUUCGGUGCUGCAACCACGUCGAGCUUCGGUGCAGCGCCGGCGACGAGCGCGCCGGCGUUUGGAGCAGCGCCGGCGACGUCGGGCGGUUUUGGUAAAUCUUCUGGUUUCGGUGCUGCGGCAACGACGAGUGCACCCGCAUUUGGGGCACCUUCGGCAUUUGGUGCCGCGACAACGACAAGUUCACCUGCAUUCGGAGCACCUUCAGCGUUCGGUGCCGCGACAACGACGAGCACGCCUGCGUUUGGCGCACCCUCUGCGUUCGGUGCCGCGACAACGACUAGCGCCCCGGCUUUCGGUGCGCCUUCUGCCUUUGGUGCUGCGGCGGCGGCUUCCACGCCAACAGCAUUCGGAGCUGCAGCCACAGGAGCGAGUGGCUUUGCGGCGGUGGCGAGCAGCCCAUCUCCCUUCGGCGCCGCGGCAACCGCGAGUGGGGGAUUCGGCGCCGCCGCGACGCAAGCGACGACUGGCUUCGGUGCGGCGGCGGCGCAAAACUCCAACGGAUUCGGUGGUUUCGGUCAAUCUACGGGAGGUUUCGGUGCGGCGGCGACGCAAGCGACGACUGGUUUCGGUGCGGCGGCGACGCAAGCGACGACUGGUUUCGGUGCGGCGGCGACGCAAGCGACGACUGGUUUCGGUGCGGCGGCGGCACAAAGCUCGAGUGGCUUUGGCGGUGGGUUCGGCCAGCCCACGGCGUCGAGUGGCUUUGGCCAGCCCGCGGCGUCGAGUGGCUUUGGCCAGCCCGCGGCGUCGAGUGGCUUUGGCCAGCCAGCGUCUCCCGGCUUCGGCGCGGCCGCUCAAACUUCCGCCUUCGGCGGCGGAUUUGGUCAACCUGCAUCGGCCGGCGGUUUCGGCCAGCCAUCAUCUCCGAGCGGGUUCGGACAACCGCAACAACAAUCCGGUUUCGGCGCUCAAAAUCCAGCGUUCACUCAAAUGCGACGUUAA